CAUAUGCAAAAUAUUAAAAUGGUAUAUAUUGUAAUUCCCAUGGUUGCACUAAUGUUUGAUAUUUCAGAUGCAUUUGUGUAGCAUGUACACACAGUACUACUUCAUUUACCAACAUGUCUAAUUUUUUUUUAAAAUGAAAAAGGUGAAUAUAAAAGUCAUAUUUUUAUAUGCUUUUAAGAUAAAGGUAAACAACCUAGUCAUAUCGAACAUGACCUGUUUAUGAAAGAUACUCUAAGUCCAAAAAUAUAACUCGACAGGGUGGGAUUUUCCUUUUAUCUCGUUUUUGAGAUAAGAAAAAUAAUUAUCAAUAUUAUCAGUUUCUGCUUUGUCUUUACAGAGUACAAAGGUUAUAAUUUCAAAUGCAUCUAUAUCAUGUAACUUGGCAGCUGGAGAAUCAAUGGAAGUACAGUAUAAGGUGCUCUAUACUCACCAAAAAUUAAAAAAGAAAAAAAUAUGGCAGGAUGGAUAUUUAAAAGUGUCCCCCAAUAACAGAAAGGCGAACUUGCUCAAUGACAGUUGGCAGAAUAUUGAUUCGCUAUUUGUAAGAGAUUACAAACUCUGUGACGAUACAGAGUUGGAGAGUGACAAGUUUCUUAUCACUGUUGAAUGCGAACAUUUGAAUGAUCAACAUAGAUCAAAUAGUGGAAAUAGCUCCAACAAAGAAAAUGCAUGCGUCAACAACAGCCAAAAGCAAGGAGAAGAAAAAUGCGUUCGUCAAAGCAGCGAAAAUGAGCCAUUCUGUCCAGUAUUUUCAUCGCGUGCAAAGCAAGCUGCAUUUAAGGCUGAACUAAAAUAUGACUCGUCAAGACAUCCAAAUGAAUCCUCUGCUGAAAACUCUGGUCUUCUUCCUGAUUCAUAUGAGCGGCUUAAAAAACGUUUAUGUACGCCAAAACAAUCACCUUUUUUUUCGUAUGACCAACCCGCAGGUAAUCUGCGUCAAGUUAAUUUAACUAUGGACAACAUUGUGCAAUCUUAUCACCAGGGUGAGUCACCGAACUUUCGCAAUUUCGACGUUGAUUGUAUGAAGCUUGCUGAUAAGGUAACGGAUGUAAAUCUGUUAUGUGAAAAGAAUAAUGAGAGUUUCUUCUCACAUAACAGUGUGCGUGUAACAAAGAAAAGAUCUACUAACGAGCUAUUGGAUUUAUUCAAUAGUACUUCCACAAUGAGAAGUACAAAUGUUGACGAUAAAGAGUUUAAAAAGGGUAGCCUGAUUCGGAUUGACGUGUCCCGAUACUGUACAGGAACCAACUCAAAUGAACCGUGUUCUGACUCACUUGCUCAGACGAGACCUAGCUGCACUGAUGUCCAUGAUAAAUAUUGCGGCAGUGAUGUCGCUAAGAGAAAUGAAAAGGCGUUGAAAAGAAAGCAUGUGCUACCCACCCAUGUGAUAGCAGAAACGUUUCAAACGUUUGAAAGACCGGCGACGAAAAUUCAAAAUGUUGGUGAUCAUGCAGGAAGUUCAAUGGUUGAGCGGAGUGAAAGAACAGUCUUCACGCCAUUAAGUGCUUCCCAACCUAAUUCUACUUUAUUGACACAAAGCUCUCCAAGAAAUGUUUUGACACGUAACUCAAACUUUUACAAGACCUCUUCGUAUACUCCCCCGCAAUUUUCUAAACAAGAAUAUAAUUUCCCUACAAAGGAGGAGUGCACUGAAAAUCCGACUCCGAAGCGUGAAAUAAAAAUCCCAUUUACUUUCGAUUCGGCUGCGAGGUAUAAGCAAACGUUUAAAUCGAUUAUAAAAGAACAUCUCAACAUAAUUCUAUUCGACGUCGCGUCGAAAUAUUUCUCGGCAAUGACGUCUGUCGACAUGUCGUCAUUUCAGAUUGGCAGCGGUUUUAAUGAUAGUUCUGUGGGUACGAAUGUUGCCUGCAAGCAUGGCCCUGCAAAAUUGAAAGUUGUUCGUAAGGAGGGCAGAAAUGCUGGACGCAUGUUUUAUUCGUGUCCUGGUGUUGCAACUGCAAAUUGUAAUUACUUCAAAUGGGCUGACGACGUGGUUAGGUCAUCCCCUGCAGCAACGUCUAAUAAUCCACAACUAACAAGUAAAAUUGUUUUGACCGAUCACCAAAGUAUAUCCAGUUAUUUUAAUACGCGUGGUGUACAAUUGUAUUGUGAUGUAAAAAUUACACGAAAAUCACCGUGCUAUAACGUAAAAAUAAAAGGAAGAAGCAAAGCAAAAAUUACGGCAACGGUAUCAAAUAUAAAGAAGGUACUCAUUCUGGUAUUACCAUUUAAGAAAGCUUCGUCUUUUUAUGCGAAAGACGAUAUUUGGAUCGUGUCCAAAACGUUAGAAUUUCAACCACGUUCCACUUUUAUCGCUAGGAGCGUAUUUUACGGACCAAAUUCUUCAGGUGAUUUGGAGAUUUUGCCGUUAGCCGGAUACUCAAUAUCGAAUUGGCAAAACAACGAAAGUUGCGUUUGUAUUCAAGCAUGCAAUGCAUCCAGUGAGCUGAUCUGUAUUCAGAAUUUAAACGAUUAUGUCAACCCAAUGGAUGUGCCAGUGUUGUCCAGUCUACUUUCGUAUCCUCUAUUGUCUAACGUAAACAAUCUGUGUAAUCGACUUAAUUUGUCUUGCUUGCAAGUCGGUGAUACAAAAGAAUUUUUAAACAACACAAUUUCAAAGUUUAGUUUAAACGAAGACCAAGCAACGGCUUUGUGCCGGAUAGCCGAUAUGUUUGUAGAAGAAAAAAAUAAUUGUAUUACUCUUAUCCACGGAGUUUUCGGUGCCGGUAAAAGUUACCUACUUGCAAUUGUGGUUUUGUUUUUAGUAGAACUAUUUGGAAUAAUGGAGACAAAAUUUAAAUUGUCAAAAAAACUCAAGCUUUUAAUAGCAUCGACAACAAAUGUUGCGGUUGACCGAGUUCUGCAAACAUUGUUAAAUCUGGGUUAUCAAGAUUUCGUACGGGUCGGGAGCGUUAAAAAAAUAGCGAAACCGAUUUUACCAUACAGUGUACAUGCAAGCGAUCGUGAAGACCAAGAACUGAAAGAGUUAAACGAUUUGGCAAAAACGGAUUUAACAGACGAAGAAAAAGGAUACAUACGAAAAGCGAUAGAGUUACAUAAACUUGGCGUGAAUCGUAAGAAAUUGAACGACGUUGCUGUUGUCGGCGUGACGUGUGCGGCCUGUGUGUUUCCGUAUUUACAAAGUUUGACGUUUCAAGUGCAGCUACUGGAUGAAUGCAGUCAGAUAACCGAACCGACUUCGAUGUUGCCGAUAGCGCGAUUUAAAUGCGAGCGCUUGGUACUUGUCGGCGAUCCGAAACAACUCAGCCCGACUAUAUCGGGAUCAGAAGCAAAGCAUUCUGUUAGUUUAGAAAUGACGAUGUUUGAACGCUUGCAACAUGUAGGAUACGAUUCAGUGAUUCUGCGAACUCAGUAUCGAUGUCAUCCGUCAAUAAGUGAGUUAUGCAAUAAAAUGUUCUAUGACGGCGUUUUACUCAACGGCGUGUCGGAGAAUGAUCGAGAGCCCUUGUUGGAUUGGUUACCAACUGUCGGUUUUUGCGAUGUUCACACGGGAAAAGAACAGUGUCAGUCGGACGGAAGUUUUCUCAACCUGGAGGAGGCUAAAUUUAUUGUGGACCUUCUGGUAUGUAUUAUGCGCAGUGGUAUCGAGUCGACCCAAGUUGGUGUAAUAACGCAAUAUAAAUCUCAAGUAUGCAAAAUUAAAUCGCUGCUGCACGAAUCAAACGUUGCUAACGCGGAUGUUAAGGCACUUCAGAUCUCCACAGUUGAUGCUUUUCAAGGUGCGGAAAAGGAAAUCGUUUUAUUAUCGUGUGUUAGGACACGUAAUAUUGGUUUCAUCGACUGUCCACAGCGCACCAACGUUGCUUUGUCACGCGCUAAGAGGCACUUACUUGUCGUCGGAAAUAAAAAGUUACUCUCGUCUGAUCAAUGCUGGGGUGGAGUACUGGAUGUGUGUAGCAAACAAAAAACAGCUGUGGUGGAGAGGACUCAGUAUUUUCUACAAUGCGCUUUGGAAGGUUGCGCUAAUUGCGAAUAAUAUGUUCAUCAGUAUCUGUUCAUGCAGGAAUCAAUUUUUAAAGAUUACUUUCUUAAACGAGCCUUGAGUUAAUUCAUGCAACACAGCGAAAAAGUAGUUGAUGAUAGAUGUUUGCUUGUUUGCUUGCCUAAAAGUGAGUUUGAACAUGGGCAUUUAAAAAAUGAAGUAAGUUUGAACAUGGAUAUUUAAGAAAUAAGAUGAAGCUUGAACAGAGAUAUUUAUAAAGUGACGACAGCGAGGGUCGUUCUCCAUACAGCAGCAAUUUUGCGCCCAGUCGUGAAGAGAGUCUUAAAAGACGGACAAAGUGCGCACUAAACAGUUGAAGCGUUGUCAAAGUGUUGUUUUUUUCUUCUUAUACUGAUGUUGCUUUAUUUACCUUCUAAGUACUAGGUUGAGCUAUCGUGGUCGUUUAUGGGAGUUACCUAUGUAUUUUGAUCGUUUUAAACAAUUUUGAUUGCAGUAAUUGUUAGAAUCAUAUGUUAUAAAGUAAUAAUAAUAACAACAAUAAUUGUACGUUGUGUGAGUGAGAGACGAAUAUUGUCAA